CUCUUCCAACUUAGUCCGCGAGCUUCUUGUUCACUCAGGCAUUUGAACACAGGACACGGAGUGUAUCACACACACACUGUGACACACAAACACACACACUGUGACACACACAGUGACUGACACCGGUGUGGAGUAGCAGCGCAGGGAGCGGGACGCACGGACGGACGGACGGACAGACGGAGUGCACCUGUCCUGCGCAGACUGUGAAUCCUCAGACGCUCAUAGACAGAGGAUCUGACCGGACGUCCCUAUGUGUGGAUGGGACCAAAGUUACACGGCGACCUCUCAUAGCUCGGCCAUGUUGACCAGUGAGGGGGCGCACACCAUGGAGCAGGACGACACGCGACAGGAAGCCAAGAUGGCAUCCACCGCCACCGCAGCAUCCGGCUCGGACGGCGCCGAGACAACACAGGCGGACUCUGACGUCGACAUGGAGCUGGACGUGGAGGAGGCAGACAUGAGCCGGUGGACGGAGGCGGAGUUUGAGGACAAGUGCACGUACAUCGUCAAGGACACAGCGCGGGAGGCGGGGCCAGACUAUGACGCAGUGACGACAUCAACGACAAGAGCCGAGAUGUCGUUGCCCCGAAACCUGACCUUCAAACAUCUGGCUGACGGCAAGGAGGUGGUCGGCGUGUGCAGCAGGGAGUACAUCCCAAAAGGAACCCGCUUCGGACCCCUGGUGGGCGAGAUCUACACGGCCGACAGCGUCCCCAAAGACGCCAACCGGAAGUACUUCUGGAGGAUCUACGCGAACGACGAGUUCCACCACUUUGUCGACGGCCUGGAUGAGACUCGCUCGAACUGGAUGCGCUACGUGAACCCGGCCCACUCAGCGGCGGAGCAGAACCUGGCGGCGUGUCAGAACGGCAUGGAGAUUUACUUCUACACGGUGAAGCCCGUCCCCGCCGGCGCCGAGCUGCUCGUCUGGUACUGCCACGACUUUGCCCGACGGCUGCACUACCCGCCGUCCGGAGAGCUCAUGAUGCAGAAACUCAAGCAGUCCCUCUUGGAGGUCAAGCAGCAGCAGGUGAACAGUGAGGAGCGAUCAGCCGGAGCCUCCAGCCCGUCCUCCGUUGCGGUGACCCCCAACCCGCCCAAGAGGGAGCACAGCGUCCUCUCCAUUCUGCGUGGCACCCCCUCCUCCUCGUCCACAAAGAGGGAGCCGAGUCGGCCCCUUCCCACCCGCCCUCGCUGCGCCGACAGCCCAGAGCGCCCCCUGUACCCCCGCGCCCUCUACCCUGCUCUCAGGCCCCAUCAUCACAUCCCUGACGACUUCCUGGGGCACAAACCUGGACAGAUUGGUUACCCCGCAACUCGUUCCCCCGGCAACCAGUCUUCAGCCACACCCAGCCCGUCGGCGAGGAGCAGCCCAGAAAGCAGCCCUCAGGGAAGCCCCUCGGGUCCAUCCCCAGUUUCCUUCUACCCCACCAGAUUGGGUUCCUAUCCUGGUUACUCCCCGCCAUCUGCACCGCUCUCCUCAUCCUUCUACCCUCCUGGAGCCCCCUACCCGCGCUAUCUCCUGCCCCAUCACUACCCUCUGCCCGGGGGCGGUGUCCCCGCUGUUGGAGGAAUCUUUCCGAGGAUGUACCCCCUCUACAGCAGCCUCCUGCCGCAUCACGUUCCCCUCCUGCCUUCUGACACAGCAGGGAGGCCGCCCUACCUGAUGCCAGAACCAGUCCACCCCUCGUCCAUCUCCUCCCACAGAGACUUCCUCCUCCCCGGGCCCACCAGUGCCUUCUCAGCCGCCACUUCCCUGAAGGAUAAAGCGGGGCCUCACCACCUUUAUGCCGGGCACCCCCAUCAUCAUGGACCCUCCCAUGCACCCUCCCCAACAGCAGGCACAGCGCCCCCCAACGAGCGGAUGCCCACCAAGCCUACCUCAGCCCUGCUGGGCGAUUCAAGCGACGAGGAGGCCAUCAACCUGACCAAGGUGAAGCGUGGCAUCGGCUCGGCCGGCUACAAGGCGCUGCCGUACCCGCUGAAGAAGCAGAACGGGAAGAUCAAGUACGAGUGCAACGUGUGCAGCAAGACCUUCGGACAGCUGUCGAACCUGAAGGUUCAUCUCCGUGUGCACAGUGGAGAGAGACCUUUCAAGUGUCAGACCUGUAACAAAGGCUUCACCCAGCUGGCUCACCUGCAGAAGCACUUCCUGGUCCACACCGGGGAGAAGCCACACGAAUGCCAGGUUUGUCACAAGCGCUUCAGCAGCACCAGCAACCUGAAAACUCACCUGCGCCUGCACUCGGGGGAGAAGCCCUACCACUGCAAACUCUGCCCGGCCAAGUUCACCCAGUUCGUCCACCUCAAGCUGCACAAACGCCUGCACUCCCGCGAACGUCCGCACAAAUGCUCCCACUGCCACCGCCACUACAUCCACCUCUGCAGCCUGCGGCUCCACCUGAAGGGCUACUGCACGGCGGCUAACCCCGGUCCCGGCGGCCCGGCUGUCUCCAGCCAGGCGGCCUUGGACGAGGUGCAGCGCGCCAAUGAAGAGAUCGAGCGCUUUGAUGUGAGCGAGCAUGCCGAGCGGUUGGAGCAGCUGCAGGGCGGGAUGGAGGUGGAGGCCAUCUUGGAGAAGCAGGUCCUCGGGAUGCUGUGGAGGGAGAGCGACCUCAAGUCCUCCCACUUUCAUCCGCACCACAAGAGCAGCCCGGCUGAGCUCCUGUCGUCGGCUUAUGGUGCAUACGACUCCCCGAGUGAGACGUCGGUCAUCAAGAUGCGACGCAGCAGCCCCAUCGUGCCGCUCCCCGCCCACGUCACCAUCAAGCAGGAGUCAGAGGAUCACGCUUAAAGUGACCUUUUAAACGAGUCGGGACUUAACCACUCCAAGCGGACUAGCUUGCCGGGUGCAACAGCUGUAAAUAAUGAUCUCUCUACCUGGUUGUCAUCAGGAGGGACAUCAUGAGGACUCCAGGUUUUGAACCUAUCAGGGACUCACGUACUCAGGGCUCAAGAGACACUGUCCCACGACUACUUAGCAGUUUAUUCUCCUUACAGACAAUCAUCUACCCAGGACUUACCUUUAAUGUCAUUAAUAUAAUGCUAUUAUCAUCGUUGUUGUUGAAUGAUUUGGUCUUUAUUUUCAAAUGCUUUUUGGAUCAGUUAGUUGUUGUAUAACCUCCUUAAUUUAUUACACUUUUUAUUUGUCGUCUUUGAAAGCAAUAAGUGGAAGGGAUGGUUACACUGACGGGAUGAAAUCAGUGGAAACGACAUUUUCUUCAUGAUGUUUUUGUUUCUCUUUGUGGCCAUUUCUUUGUAGAUGCCACGCUCCUCUAUGCCUAUAUCCGUCCUGUGGCCUCUGACCUCUAGAAGCAGGGGGCGUCCACUCUGCAGGGUUUUGUCUAUUUAAAAUUGAAGAACCGGUUACAGCAGGUUAAGAAAGGGUUAAAGAACACCAGUUUGUUCAUUUAGCAAGAAGAGCUUUAAUCCAACCCUGCUGGAUAGCUUCCCUAAAGUAUGUCUGUGUCCUUCUCUGAUGCCUACUUAAUUUAAAUGAAAGAAAAAAAAAAGGCAUUUUUUUGUAUAUUUUCCACAACGGUUACCUCAGUGUGCAUGAUGCUCAAUGAAUGUGUGUGUGUGUGUAUGUGUGUGUUUAAAGGGACAGCUGGAGGUGUGAGCUUUCUAUUUAUUUAAGUUUUGCUACUUGAAGGAGAAGAAAAAGAAGAAACCAAACUGAACUGGAGUGCAGCUCUUCAUGUGGUCCAAAGGAGCGGUAACGACCCGCUUGACAUGUAGCACAUAGCGGACUCGGGGAGGCUGGAUAGCCGACGCCGUCGUCCGUCCUUUUUUUGUUUAAUUUUUCUUAAACACUGUCGUCAUCCAGCAGGGACGUGAACGUCCUCACAAUAAGGGAUUCACACGCGACGCUAGAAACCAAAGUUCACUCGGCUUUAAUUUUUUGAAUGCACACCAAAAAAAAAAAAAAAAAAAAAAAGAGGAAAGGAAAAAGA